GAGGGGGUGGGUAAAUGAACCAGGCCGGGAAAACGGACUGAGCGAAAAACAAAGGUUUUUAGAGCGGGGAGAGAGGGGGGGAAAAAGAAAUAAACCCCCCCCCCCCCACACACACACACAAACCCAAAAAGACUCAAAACAGCAACAAAACGGCUGCCGGGACGUGUCGGAGGUGAGGAGGAGCCGCGUGGUGAGUUUCCAGGUGGAUGCAGUGCCUUUGCUGACGUGUUGCACAUGCUGCAGUUGCCCAAGCCCCUGAUGUGCUCCGGGAUGGCCGCAAGGUGACGGCACUUAAGGAUGACCCUGACUGAAAAGCUGCGCGAGAGGAUAUCGCGGGCGUUCUACAGCCACGGGCUGCUGUGUGCUUCCUACCCCAUCCCCAUCAUCCUCUUCACUGGGCUCUGCAUUCUGGCCUGCUGUUACCCACUGCUGAAGCUGCCACUGCCUGGAACAGGACCUGUGGAGUACAGCACCCCAGUGAAGGAUUACUCUCCACCCUCUCCAGACACGGGUGUGCAGCAAGGGGAGCUCAGCGAGCGGCCGGACUGGUAUGUUGGUGCUCCUGUGGCCUACAUCCAGCAGAUCUUGGUGAAGGCCACUGUGUCCCCGUGGCAGAAGAACUUCCUCGCUGUCGAUGUCUUUCGUUCGCCCCUGUCCCGCGUCUUCCAGCUCGUGGAGGAGAUCAGAAACCAUGCCCUGAGAGACAGCUCUGGUGUCAAAAGCUUGGAGGAAGUUUGCCUCCAGGUGACAGAUCUCCUGCCUGGCCUGAAGAAGCUGCGGGACCUGCUCCCCGAACACGGCUGCCUCUUGCUGUCUCCAGGCAACUUCUGGCAGAACGACCGGGAGCGAUUCAAUGCUGACCCAGAUAUCAUCAAAACCAUCCACCAGCAUGAGCCAAAGACCUUACAGACAUCAGCCACUCUCAAAGAUCUGCUGUUCGGGCUCCCUGGGAAGUACAGCGGCGUGAACCUGUACAACAGGAGGCGCGUGGUGUCCUACAGCGUCACGCUGGCCCUGCGGCGCCACGAUGCCAGGUUCCUGAGCAGCCUGCGCUCCCGCCUGGGGCUGCUGCACCCCAGCCCCAACUGCACGCUGCGGGAGGAGAGCAUCGUGCACGUGCACUUCAAGGAGGAGAUCGGCAUUGCUGAGCUCAUACCCCUGGUCACCACAUACAUCAUCCUCUUCGCUUACAUCUACUUCUCCACACGGAAGAUUGACAUGGUGAAAUCCAAAUGGGGCCUGGCCCUGGCAGCGGUGGUGACGGUGCUCAGCUCUCUGCUCAUGUCCGUGGGGCUGUGCACCCUCUUUGGUUUGACCCCUACUCUUAAUGGAGGAGAGAUCUUUCCAUACCUGGUUGUGGUGAUUGGCCUGGAGAACGUGUUGGUUCUCACCAAGUCCGUUGUCUCGACGCCCGUGGACCUGGAAGUGAAGCUGCGCAUCGCCCAAGGCCUCAGCAAUGAAAGCUGGUCCAUUAUGAAGAAUAUGGCAACAGAGCUUGGGAUCAUCCUGAUUGGGUAUUUCACCCUUGUCCCAGCCAUCCAGGAGUUCUGCCUCUUUGCUGUGGUUGGGCUGGUGUCUGACUUCUUCCUCCAGAUGUUUUUCUUCACCACGGUGCUGUCCAUCGACAUUCGCCGCAUGGAGCUGGCUGACCUGACCCGACGCCUGCCGGCAGAGACGUGCCUGGCCGCGGCCAAGCCCGGCAGCCGCUGCCCGCGCCCCGAGCGGCCGCCAGCGCUGCGCCCUGCCCCGCCGCACUCCGUGCCCCUGCAGCCACACUCUGUGCCCCUGCAGCCGCACACCCUGCCCCUGCAGCCGCACACCGUGCCCCUGCAGCCGCACACCAUCACCCUGCAGCCCUGCUCCUUCCGCAACCUGCGCCUGCCCAAGCGCCUGCGCCUCAUCUACUUCUUCGCCCGGACACGCCUGGCGCAGAGGCUCAUCAUGGCUGGGACGGUGAUCUGGAUCGGAAUCCUGGUUUACACGGAUCCUGCUGGUCUCCGCACCUACCUCACGUCGCAGGUCACCGAACAGAGCCCUUUGGGUGAAGCAGGUCUGCCUCCCAUGCCUGUUCCUGGAGGGGUCCUUCCUGCUGGGGACCCCAAGAUCGACCUCUCAGUGUUCCCGUCGGACCCCAUCCAGCUGUCAGAAAACCAGAGUCAGCAGCGUGAGCAGAAGCCGGGGCUGGAGGCCCUGAGCAGGCUGCAGAGCGCCCAGCACGCCUGGGCACAGGGGCCAGAGGGCAAAGGGAACGCACAGAACGAGCCUGGGACCGAGGCAGAGGUGACCUGGGGAGCAGAGGAUGAGGAGAUUUGGAGGAAGCUUUCCUUCAGGCACUGGCCGUCCCUCUUCAGCUACUACAACAUCACCCUGGCCAAAAGAUACAUCAGCAUCCUGCCAGCCAUCCCGGUCACGCUGUACCUCAACCCGCAGGAGGCGCUGGAGCUGCGGCAUCCCCAGGAGGCCAAUCGCUACCAGCCCCUGGGCGCGGGCAGCGGGAGGCUGGACGCUGCAGCUCAGCCCCAGCAGCCCUCGGCCAGGCUGCAAGGCCACCAGGAUGUCACUCUCUACAAGGUGGCUGCUCUGGGCCUGGCCUCUGGCAUUCUGCUGGUGCUGCUGCUCUUCUGCCUGUACAGGGUGUUCUGCCCCAGGAACUACGGGCAGCACGGGCUGUCUCACAGCAGGAGGAAGCGCGGGGACCUGCCCUGUGACGACUACGGCUACUCCCCUCCCGAGACCGAGAUCGUGCCCCUGGUUCUCAGGGGUCACCUCAUGGACAUCGAGUGCCUGGCCAGCGACGGGAUGCUGCUGGUGAGCUGCUGCCUGGUGGGGCAGAUCCGCGUGUGGGACGCGCAGACCGGCGACUGCCUCACGGUCAUCCCCAAGCCCAGGUUGCGGAGAGACAGCGGCGGCAUCUUCGAUUACCAGGAGGGCUGGGAGCAGAGCCCGGACGGCAGGGCCGGGCCCGAGGACGCCUUGGAGAGCGCUGCCCAGCUCCAGAGGCUGCUGAGCCCUCCCCAGCCGCCGCUGUUCUGCGACCAGCCCGACCUCACGGCCCUCAUCGACACCAACUUCUCGGAGCGGGUGAAGGUGGCCGAGCCGGAGCCGCGGCUGCGCGCCGUGGGCGGCCGCCACAAGGACGCCGGCUACGACUUCAGCAGCCUGGUGGGGAAGGUGUACGAGGAGCACGGCGGCUCCCACGGCGGCUCCCACGGCGGCUCCCACGGCGGCCUCGGCUACGGCGGCAGCACGGCCCCGCACGCGGCCCCCUUCGGCAGCAGCUCCCGCGCCACGGCCGAGGACGGCGGCCGCCGGAGGAGCCUCGGCGACGAGCCCGCGCCCGCCCUGGACAAAUCCUCCCCCGGUCCCGCCUGGGGAGGAGACAUGGAGAGCUCGGUCUGGAGCCUGGACCUGCAGGGGAACCUCAUCGUGGCUGGGCGGAGCAAUGGCAGGCUGGAGGUGUGGGAUGCCAUCGAGGGCACCCUGCGCAGCAGCAAUGACGAAGGGCAGUCUGGCAUCACGGCGCUCGUCUUCCUCAGCAACAGGAUCGUCGCUGCCCGCUUGAACGGCUCCUUGGAUUUCUUUUCUCUAGAGACACACACGUCCCUGAGCCACCUGCAGUUCCGAGGAGCCCCCAGCAGGAGCAGCGUCCCGUCCUCGCCCGUGUUCAGCAGCAGUGGCCUCAUCUCCUGCCAGCUCACACACACCGUGGCCUGUGCCCACCACAAGCCCAUCACGGCGCUGAAGGCUGCGGCCGGGCGCCUGGUCACCGGCAGCCAGGACCAUACGCUGAGGGUGUUCCGGCUGGAAGACUCGUGCUGCCUGUUCACACUGCAGGGCCACUCGGGAGCCAUCACGGCUGUCUACAUGGACCAGACCAUGGUGCUGGCCAGCGGAGGCCAGGACGGUGCCAUCUGCCUGUGGGACGUGCUGACGGGCAGCAAGGUCAGCCACAUGUACGCCCACCGCGGGGACGUCACGUCGCUCACCUGCACCACGUCCUGCGUCAUCAGCAGCGGCUUGGACGACGUGAUCAGCAUCUGGGACCGCAGCUCAGGGAUCAAGCUCUACUCCAUCCAGCAGGAGAUGGGCUGCGGCUCCAGCCUGGGCGUCAUCUCUGACAACCUGCUGGUGACGGGCGGCCAGGGCUGCGUCUCCUUCUGGGACAUCGGCUACGGCGACCUGCUGCAGACCGUGUACCUGGGCAAGAGCAACGAGGCGCAGCCCGCGCGGCAGAUCCUGGUGCUGGAGAACGCCGCCAUCGUCUGCAACUUCGGCAGCGAGCUCAGCCUGGUCUACGUGCCCUCGGUGCUCGAGAAGCUGGACUGAGCCGGGGCUGGAGCUCGGGGUGCGGGGACACGGGCAGGGAGGGGGGGACGGGGCCGGGGGCACCGGCUCCAGCUCUUGGUUCAUGCCACGAGCCGGACUCUUGUCAGCGGGGCCGAGCCCCCUCCGCUCCUGUCCCCGCAGCGAGGUGCUGGGGGGCGGCUGCAGGGGGACGCGGGGCAGGAGCGGGAGCAGCCCGGGGCAGCCCCAGCCCCGCAGCUCGGCCCCCACGUGCCUUAGAGCUCGGGCAGAGCCCCCGGGCCCUGCUGCCCCCUCCCCUAUUUAUUUAUACGCUGUACAUAUUUAUUUAUUGCGGCAGCCCCAGCACAGCCCCAGCACAGCCUGGCUCCUGCGCCCACUUUGCAGCAAUAGCACCUUCCUCCUCCUCCUGCCACGGGACCCAGGAGGCCUCUCUCAGGUUGGGUGCCGGGAGGAAACCCCUCGAGGGGCAGGGAGGGGGUUGUGGGUGGCAGCGAUGGGACCAAAGCGCCUGCUGUGGGGUGUCCCCCGUCCUCCCCCUCGGUGUGCAGGGCCCGAGCCCCCUCCCCUGUGCUCCCCCCUCGUCCACACAGACUCUGGUGAUUGUAGAGGCCGGGGAGGGGGCUACUGGGGGUCCCUCCCGCCCCAUCCGCCGCAGCCUUGGUCCCGCUGCUCGGGGCCGCGUUUUGUAGCCCGUGUUUUGUAACGCAACGAGGACGCUGCCAUUAAAGGAACUAACCCCA